AUGGACCACGGCCAGCGAAAUCGUGCCUCUCGCCUUACCUUCCUAGAUCUGCCUUCGGAGGUACGCAAUCAGAUUUACGGAUACUGCAUUCUUGCUCCUGAGCUAGAGAUUGGUUCGAAAGCCCAAACCGCAGCCCGAUCUUACGGCGAUCCCACUCUCUUGGAGCGCCCCGAGGCAAAUCCAGAGGGAACCUCAUUCGCCGAGUAUUGGCAAGAAAUGCCGAUCGAGCGGUCACCUGCUACGCGCCAAACCUCCUGGACUGUUGAGCCCAUUGAGAUCUAUCGAAAGUUCGUCAUCAACCAGACGUCCAACGUGGCUUUAGGUGAAACCAUAGCCAGGAGGGUCCAUAUACCUGGAGGGUUUCGCGCUUUCAAAGCCAGCUACGUCAAGAGUGACCGAACUCCGUCUCUCAGCGUCAACUUGUUCCUCGCCAACAAACAGAUUUGCCGUGAAGCGUCGACUCUUUUCUAUGAAAAGAACCAUUUCGUGUUCAAUAAUCGUUGGGAGGAUGUGCACUUUGCACCUAUGGCAUUCUUAUGGGACCACCCAGGCGCGUACAUCUCGAUGCGCUCUCUUCACAUUGUGAUGCCAGAUCCACCCAAUUUCACCAAUAAUGGCCGUAUGCCACGAGGAGAGGACGCAGUGCCUUCCAACGGGAUGUGGAAAGACCUCAUCACUCAGAUUUGCAAGAUGAAGCUCCAGCACUUCGGCGUUACGGUCUCGGUCGACAUUACUGACCGCUUCAAUUUCGUCCCACCUAACUUUCCCUUCUCUGCGGCGUACACUUACCGAUGGUACGAAGCAUUGUUCGCCAUCAAUGGCCUCCAGUCUAUGAGGCUGCUCUUUGACGUCAAUCCUGAAUACACCAACCCGGACAUGAGCAGUGUGACCCAGAACAAGGGAUCGGAUAUACCGGCGGUCAUGACCUUGGCUCAGAAAACGAAAUACCAUUGGCUCUCAGGGAAAGGUUCUUACGAGCAUUCUCUGCUGUUUAUGAGCCUAUCAAAGGGCGGUGAGGGCGCUACGGGACAGCGACUGGAAUUCGUCUCGUGGAUGAAGGCCGAUAACCCGGGCUUGUGGGUCUUUCCGCUACACCAAUUGCCGCCGUUCCUAUGGCAGCAGGAUCCCGCUUGGUACCAGCAUCGCGAUCUUACAAAGCAGUAUAGGAUGCAGCACUAUACUCGCUCGGGUAUCCAGCGGUUGCUAGGACUGAGCGACAAUGAAGCUGAACGGCUUAUCCUUCGUCGCUGA